GACUCACGGGGGGGAGGAGAGAGAGUAGCAUUGAAUGGUGCGCGAGAGAGUGGAGGACUUAAAAAAAAAAAGUCUGUAAAGAAAAGAGAGAGGUUCCUCUUUAACGGUCAUUUCUUGUCAAAAGAACAAAGCUUUUUUUUUGCGGCGGAGAAGAUGUCAAACAGUGACGAGGAUGCGGUUGAGACGGAGUAAAUAGCGACCGGGACAGUUAGCGAAAUAACUUGAUACAAAAAAGAAAGAAGAAGAAGAAGAAGAAAAAGGCUUUUUCGUGCUGGGGUCGAGUCGGGACGGUGGCUCGUGUUCCGCUGCAACUUCAGCAGAUUUGGUUGGUUACGGGACGAAAAGCUCCGGACCAGCAGCGAGGUCUCGACCGCUGGGCUCGGUGGAAAGCACGGUCGGUGUGGUCGGAGAAACGGACCCGAGAACAGCCGCCGAAGCACACAGCUACUAAAGUUUGCAGCGUAUCUUCACCUAGUUUUCCAGCUCGGGAGGAAGAGGCCGAGACACUGACUUUUUUUUCUUUCCACACGCAACUUUGCGGAAUUCAUCCUGUGUUAGCAAAACUUUAAGCUCAAGUAGCGCAAGUCAAAGCAGAAGACAUGAAAACACCUGGAGACAACGGGAUCGCCUUCCCAGAAUGGGCCUACAAGCCCGAGUCUAGCCCGGGGUCCAGGCAGAUCCAGCUGUGGCACUUCAUCCUGGAGCUGCUCAGGAAAGAGGAGUAUCAUGACGUCAUCGCGUGGCAGGGGGACUACGGCGAGUUUGUGAUCAAAGACCCCGAUGAAGUGGCCCGGCUGUGGGGGGCCAGGAAGUGUAAACCCCAAAUGAACUACGACAAGCUGAGCAGGGCCCUGAGAUACUACUACAACAAGAGGAUCCUCCAUAAGACCAAAGGCAAGAGGUUCACCUAUAAGUUUAACUUCAACAAACUGGUUUUGGUCAACUACCCCUUCAUCGACAUGGGCUCCACCGGAAGCAGUGUUCCUCAGAGCGCCCCUCCUGUCCCCACUGGUGCCGGGACUCACUUUCGCUUCCCUCCCUCGACACCCUCCGAAGUCCUCUCCCCCAACGAGGAUCUGCGCAGCCCCGGCGGCAUGUUCAGCUCGGUGGCCCGACGAAUGGCCCGCGGCUCCGUCAGCGACUGCAGCGACGGCACCUCGGUCAAUUCUGAGAUCGAGGAGGGCAAUGCUGGAGCGGGGGAGGAGAGGGGAGAGAGGGGUGUGGGUGGUGGUGGAGGAGGAGGAGGACCUGGCGGUGGAGGAGUAAGUUACCGGAGUAUCAUCCAUCCCCGUCUGUCUCAUGAAGCCCUGUUCCGCAUGUAUGGAGGACCAGGAAACCAUGCUGGGCACCACGGCUCCCGCCACACACACCGAAUCCACCCAGACUCCCUGUCGCCCUUCCCUGUGUCUCCUCUGCCGGGCCCGGGAGGAGCCGGCCUCCUAGCCCCUCCUCUGUCCCCGGCGCUUUCCAUGACCCCGACAUCUCACCUGCCCUACACCCCUUCACCCACCCUGUCGCCCAUGUUAGGCUCCCACUUCUCCUUCAACCCGGAGGACAUGAAGCGCUACCUGCAGGCCCACACCCAGUCGGUAUACAACUACGGCCUCAGCCCCAGAGCUUUCCUCCAUUACCCCAACAUCGUCAUCCCUCAGCCCCACCGGCCCGCCGCAGACAAGGCCGGUCUGACCGGAGAGAGAGGAGCAGCCGAGAGAGCGGAAAGGGCCGCGACGGCAGCGGGGGGAGAGAGGGGAGGAGAGCGGCACCAUCACCCGUCUCUGGCUCACUCUGCCCACCACCACCCGCAUCCACCUCAUUCUGCCCACCCUCACAUCCAUUCCCACCCCAUGCAUCACCCGCUCCACCUGAGCGAGGAGCCGCCACACAUGUCUCCCUUCAAGUUCAAGCUGCAGCCGCCACCGCUCGGCAGGAAGCACAGGGAGAGUCAAAGCCACAGCAAACCCAGGCAGAGCUCCCUGUCCUCAGGCUCCAUGACGUCUACCUCCGGCCUGGGCUCCUCGCUGUCGUUCGGCAGCGACCUGAGCUCUGCCAGCGGUUCAGGCUUCGUCUCUGCCUCCUCCUCAACCCAGUCCCUAAACAGUGCAGGACUUCCCAAAAUAAAGGUGGAGCCCAUCUCUGACAUUGAGUCAGAAGAGGAGGUGGAGGUGACCGACAUUAGUGACGAGGACCCUGACGAGAGAGAUGAGGAGUUUCAACUCUUCUCCCCUCGCCACUCCAGAGCCCCUGACCACCACCACCACCUCCUCCACCACCACCACCACCACCACCACCUUGCUAACGGCACAGCCGCACCCCAACAUCAACCCCAUCCCGAUGAGGACCUGGACGAGGACGUCUUCAAGGCCCCUGCUCCGCCUCCCCCUGGCCUGAUGCCCUUCUUCACCUCGCAGCACACACACUCGAAUGCACACCGUGUGCUGCCCACCCUCAAGAGUGAACCCGUCGAACCAGGGGAGGGUAACACCCCCCCGCCUCAGACAGUGGAACCUCCCCAGACCAAGUGCAUCCCCCUCAAGCUGCGCUUCAAGAGGCGCUGGAGCGAAGACCAGCGCAUGGAGGCCUCACAGGAGGAGUCGGACGACAAGAAAGUCCGACCGGAGGAGGAGAGGGAAAGGGAGAGGCAGAGCAAUGGCCGGAUGGAGACGGAGGAAGACGGGACAGGCAGCGGAGAAGGGGACAGUCCUCCCCCGUUGGCCUACGAGGGCUCUUUAGCCACACCGCUGACCUCACAGCGGAGGGUGAGCGCUGAGCUGCAUCGUGCCACAGCACAGCUGUCUCUGGAGAACAAAGACUGCUGAUGAGAGACAACAGUCCAAACACUACUGCUCCGGGAGCACUGGAGGUGGCACAGGAGUAUGUAAAUGGUUCCUCUGUAAUCUCCCUCUCCCAAAACUAGAUUCCUGAAACCUCCAGUGAACUGAGAGCACAGUCCAACAUACACGCGUAGAAAACUGACACCUCAAAAGACAGCCUGACUCUCCCACUCCGAUCAUCCGUCUGAAUCAGGGCUCUUCUGGGACUCACUGAGACUCAGCCGUCCCAGGCAAAGUGACUGAAAUCAGAAGGAGGCUUCCUCGCGAAACUUUUGCUCCAAGUUCUCCUCCCGCCUGGCCAGUGAAGCUCCAGACGCCCUGCCCCAGUAGCACAGCUCCUGCCUUCAGGCCCCAUCAAUAGGAUCAGCAGCCAGUCAGCACUUUCCUCAGGGGACACACACACACACACACACACACACUCUCUUAAAGCCCAGCAACACACCUUGGAUGAGGAUGUGCAUCUUCUCCCCGAUGCGACUUCUCCCUAAAAGAGGCCGGGACUUUGAUAAGUGCCUGUAUCUAAGAAAAGAAACCUAGCCCUGGAGUGACAUGGAGGAGAGAAAAGAAGGGAGAGGACUGCUGCAAGCAAUCAGUCUUUAACUCAUGAAAUCCUUGUAAAGUUUGGCGGAUACGGAAAAGGAAAGUGUGUCUCUGAGACUGAACAGUGGGGCUGUUGGGUGUUGUCUGACCGACUCUUAAACCUGGCCCACUCCACUCAGGGAAGCCUAUUGCUGUAUGUUUAUUGGAUUCAAGCACGCACACACACACUCACACAUAAGCAAAAAAACAAGACAGCCAACAUUGAAGGGGACUAAAAGCGGAAACAUUGCUCACGGACACUUAACAAUGUUCGCCGCGGCGCAAGAAAACGACACACAUUCGUAUUCACACAUCCACAGACUUCUCUCAGAACUUUUGACUUUUGUGUAACCGUCCUUCUGUCUCUCUCCUGUUCCUGCUUCUCUUUCUCUUGCGGACCACCUGUGGAAAGAUCACGACUCCGCUCAUAGAAAUAAUCUCAAACCCGGGAGGUGUGAGGAGAGGAAAAGAGAAGAAUGAACAAGUAGAGAAAGGACUGCUGGAGGGGACCAGGAGGGGGAGGAAGGGAGUAAAGGGGGUUCCAGUAACUGUUAACUAGCCUCCUCACCUCCACUAACAUGGCUUGUACACUGAACAUAGUUUGAGUCCCAGCAGCACAGAAUCCUAGUUCACCAGCUAAAGCUCCUCUAACAAUCAUCGAUAGUGUUUAACUAAACCAGCAAAACACACACACACAUGCACAGCACUGCCUUUAGCUCUUAAACACGCUUCCUGUCUCUCUGUCUGGACCUCCAGCUCUGCAGUGGCGUCAUCCUCGGGUCCUGAGAGUGUGUGAGACUGCCAGGCCUGUUAACUGCAUGAGUGAGAGCCUGAGAGAGCAGGGAACAUCUUAGACCUCACACACACACACACACACACACACACACACACACACACACACACACAGCGCCUCUCUAUGCCUUGUUUUUAUAGCAUGUACAAAAUUGCAAACUGAGCUCUGAUAACACACAUACAGACUAUAUAUCUUUAUAUAUUCUAAAUGAAAUUAUUAAGAAAGUGAGAUUUUAAAAAGGCCGAUAGCAUUUUAAUGAUAUGAUUGAUUCAGGGUUGUUUGUAAGUGGAUUAUUUUUGAGUGGUAAGACGUGUCCUGCCACUCACUAGGUAACAUCUUAUGGAGGGUAGGGGGGGGCGGGGGUUUUCUUGUGCAUUUGUUGCAUAGACAAACAAGCCAGAGAAAACCAGCACGGGCCAGUUUACCAGAACCAGACUAGCAAGAAGAAGAGAAAAACAACUGGAGAACUGGAGGGGACUGCUAAUGAUUCAGAUGUGUGGUUCACGCUGCCGUUGACUUCGUUUGCAGCAGCUUGGCCUUUCAGCACGCAGCACUCUGCUCCUUCCCGUCUGUACUGUCUCGCUCAGCUCAGUCGGGUUCUCCUCGACCCAAGCUGUCCUGGCCCCGGGCCCUCUCUGUGUGUGUGUGUGUGUGCGCGAGUGUGAGGGUGCGCCCAUGGGAUAAAAAGUAGUAAUCCUGUCUUUUCUCUUCGGCCAGUUAGCAUAAUGCUCCAAAGUUCACAUCAGCUCUGGAUUGAGGGGGUUAAGGGGUUAAAUUAAUCAUUACUGUAAGAUAGCCUGGGACAUGUGAGGCCCAGUCCUGAGAGGCCCUCUCCUCAAACUAUGCACCUUCACACGUACACAAAUGAUUAUACUUGUGAUUAUGUUUUAACAUCUCUGCAGCCAGGCGUCUGAUUGGUUAACUGAGCCAGCGGCCUGACCAGUGACGAGACGGAUCUAUAGCAGCGACCUGUGAGAUAGAUGGCCUCCAGGCGGUCUGUGUAGCCGAGCUGAUUGAAUUUCCUCAUCGGACCCCUGUGGUCUGGACUGGAGCAUGUUACAACACACACACACACACACACACCCACCAAGUCCUGUGUCUGUAUUUGACAGCUGCCUUAUUACUACUUUUUCAUAUCUCAGCAACAGGUGAGGCAUCAGCCGUACCUGCUCUGCACUCCGUCUCUCUAUUUUCUCUUUCAUUUCGCUCCGUUUCAGGCGUCGUCUGACUUCCUGUAAACCGCGGCGCAGCCGACUCUGUCGUGAUAUUGCAGGAAAAAAAAAAAAAGAUUGAUUGUAACGCUCGCUCUCUCACAUCCUGUUUCAGGCCUCAACAGUCAAAGAACAGUAGACAAACAGCACAAAGACGACAUUUCUCUUAUCAAAAGAAUAAAGGUUUCUCAGUUUAUUUUUCUGAUGACAAUAUUGCUGUUGAUUAUUGUUGUUGUUGUUCUCAUUGGGUUAUUUACCUCUCCACCUGGCAUUAUUAUUAUUCCAUGGCCCUGUUAGCUGUUGCUUUUUAUGUUGUGUUACAUCACUUUGGAUGAUGUUGAAUCCCCCCAAACCUCCAUUCCCUCCUUUAAACCCCCUAAACCUUUUCCUGUCUUUAGUUUUUACAAAUGUAAUAUAACUCAAAUGUGUAAUGUUAAUUUUGAUGCUGACAGAGAAAUAACACCGGGGACUAGGAGGAGAAGGCAGCGGCGGAGGAUUUUAUUUAGUGGCAGAGGGAGGAGUGAUUUUAUCUCUUUUUGUCAUGUAUUGUAAUUUUUAUUUUAUAAUGUUACCUUUUUCUCUCUUUGCUUCUGUAUAUUGUUUUUCAUUUUGUU